CCCGCAUCAACUCGCCCACUGCCUUCCAGUCCAGCAACACCUUCUCUCUCCCCAGCCUUGCUCACUUCUUCUCUCUUUCCUCAGUCCUCUUAUUCCCUCCUUACUGCGAUCCCUCUCGCCCGCACUUUUACACCGCUUCCUUCGAUCUGCCCUAUUUCUACUCAGAGUCGCCCCGCUCAUUCCUUCCCCGCUUCGACCUUGGGGAUAGUGUCAGUUCAACCACUUGCGCAAUUCGCCUUUGAUCCUAGAUAUCUCGGUGUCGACAGACUCGAGGACUUCGUAUACCGUUAUAGUUGCCUUAUCUGCAAGUCAUUCAAAAUGAGUAGCCCGAAGCGGAGAAUUGAGACAGAUGUCAUGAAGUACGCCCUCGUACUGCUGCUGCGCUCAUACCUGAUAGCUGACUGACUGAUAUUUUGGCAGGAUGUACGCACCCUUCCCCGUAUCCGGCACCUAUCAUACUCCACCUCAACUUGGGUUGGAAUGAGCACGCAAUUUCGGAUAUGGGACAGGUCAACAGAUUUCAGCGGGACUUGUGCUGAUGUUUCGCAUAGGUUGAUGAGUGAUUAUGAGGUGACUCUGGUCAAUGAUAACAGGCAAGAGUUCUACGUACGUUUUAAGGGACCUGAAGAGACACCCUUCGCCGGUGGCCACUGGAAGAUCCACGUCGAACUACCCGACCAGUACCCAUACAAGAGCCCGAGUAUCGGAUUUGUGAACCGGAUAUUCCACCCGAACAUCGAUGAGCUGUCGGGUUCCGUUUGUUUGGAUGUCAUAAAUCAAACAUGGUCGCCCAUGUACGAUAUGAUCAACAUCUUCGAGGUCUUCCUUCCUCAGCUCCUGCGCUACCCCAACCCUUCGGACCCUCUCAACGGCGAAGCAGCUGCUAUGCUCAUGCGGGAGCCAAAGAGCUACGAGGCAAAGGUCAAGGAGUACGUGGCCAAGUACGCCAGCAAAGAGGCUGUCGAUGAAGCCGGGGAAGACACAGAGUCGGAAGACGAACUGAGCUCGGCAGGCAGUUACGAGUCCGGCGGCGAAGAGCCAGCCGGUACGAUGGACGACGUCUAAAUCUGCCGCGCUCCAGUCUGUCUUAGACCAUUCGCGUCUUGGCUUGGACAUUGCACACCAGUAUAUUGCAUAGGCAUUGUUGUCUAUUAUCUGUUUUCGGUGUUUACUAUUCCUGCUUUCUCUCGGGUGUCAGGCGGAAAGGCGUUUCUGGCGGAGUUCUGUCAUUCAAGGUGCAGCAAUCGACUACGAUGGUCACGAGAAGGUGGGCUAAUGGGCGAUCGGAUCAUGUAGCGUUGGAGGGGUGAAAUAGCAGGAAGUCGACCGUCUGUCGAUCCGUAUCUCUUUGAUACCAGCGACUUCCGCGGUCUGUUCAACUCUCCACCUCUCGCAGAUGUUCCAACAUAAAGACUGUAUAUCGCUAAUGGGAGCAUUAUUGUUAUACUCUAUUUAGAUCCACUACUAUUAGUAGCAUAGCCUAGCAUACAUAGCCCGUUGUUAAAGAUGU